UAUACGCUUGAAAACAAUUUCAAUCUGGCAACACUGGCUGCCGUUGACGUCAGCUGGUAAUCGUGACGCGACAUAUCAUCAUCAGUUAGGAAUAACAAUAAUGGAGGCUUGUAAUGCCGUAGAACGCGAAGUUGACAAAGUUUUAUUGAAAUUUGGCGCAAUAGGUGAUCAUGCGGACACAACACUACGCGAUCUUGUUAAUCACAUCGAGUCCCUUAAAAAGGAAUUGGAGGAAGCACCGCCAGACCAUGAACUGACACCAGAGCAAGUCCAAAUUCUAAAACAAGCAAUGACCAAAGCAAGGGAUACGGUACAAAGAUUAGCUACAGACCAUCGUGAACUACAUAGUACAGUUUCCAAAGUAGGUAAAGCAAUCGACAGGAACUUCAUAGCUGACUUUGCGAGUACAAGUAGAGAAGAUGUCUUCGCAGGCACUGAAAAAACACAUCUCCUUAAUCAGGUCAUUUGCCAACAUUUUUAUCGCCAAGGAAUGUUGGACAUAGCUGACGAGUUGGCAGCGGAAGCUGGAAUUAAGACUGAUGAAGGAAGAAAAGAACCUUUCACGGAACUAAAUUAUAUACUUGAUUGUUUAAAACAAAAAAAUUUAGAACCAGCGUUGGACUGGGCAACAAAGCACAGAGAUGCGCUUAUUGCACAAAAUUCUUCCCUGGAAUUUAAAUUACAUAGGUUACAGUUUAUAAGAUUGGUUCAACAAGGACCAAGUAAACAAAGCGAAGCUAUUGCAUAUGCUCGUAAAUAUUUAACCCAAUUUGUUAAUCGUCAUGAGAAAGAAGUACAGUCACUCAUGGGAACAUUAUUAUAUUUACCUAAUGGAAUUCAAUCAUCUCCAUAUAGCCAUUUAUUAGAUCCAAAUUUAUGGCUUGAUAUUCAUGAUGUUUUCACCAAGGAAGCUUGUACACUACUAGGUUUAAGUGUUGAUAGUCCUCUAUCUGUUUGUAUAAAUGCUGGAAUCACGGCGCUUCCUGCUCUUCUUAAUAUAAAGCAAGUUAUGCAGCAACGGCAGGUUGCAGGCAUUUGGAGUGGAAAGGAUGAACUUCCUAUCGAGAUAGAUCUGGGAAAACAAGGACGUUAUCAUUCAGUGUUUGCUUGUCCAAUAUUGAGGCAACAAAGUACAGAAAAUAAUCCACCAAUGAAGUUAGUGUGUGGUCAUGUUAUCUCACGAGAUGCCCUCAAUAAAUUAACCAAUGCCAAUAAAUUAAAAUGCCCAUACUGCCCAGUGGAUCAGAACCCAGAAGAUGCCAGGCUUAUUUACUUCUAGUUUGCUGUGAUAACCGAGGAAGAUGUAUUUGUAUGAUACCUUAAAAGUAUAUUAUCCUCCAUGACUAGUACUAAAUUUUAAAAAUGGUGCAAUUUUGCAGUCUUGUUUUAUCAAGUUUUUUUUUCUGUCUAUAUCUAUUUUCGCAAGGUUAAAAUCUCUUUAAGAUCGUUAACUUAAAAAUUUUGUCCUAUUUUUCAAAUAUAUUUCCUCUACAGGGAAAACUUAAAUUUUACUUUAAUAAUAAUAGAGCAAACAAAAUUGUUUAUUAAUACGAUUCAGCCUUAAAAACAGGUAGUAGUUGCUAGAAUUAUAAAAUUUAUCAUAUGACUUAUAAGACUUUUCAAUAAAGAUGUCUGAGAGGAAAAUAGCAGGUACGGAGUAUCCUAUGAAUGUAUAAUGAUAUAGUGAAAUAGCAAUUUUGUACUAAAUAAGUGCGUUUUACUGAUAAAAUGAGAUAUAACCAUGCGUGUUUGUACAUAAAUAUUAACGCACGAAAUUAAAUUACUGAUUCCUACUAAACAGUGUUGAACGUCAAUGUGGACUCAACUUCAAAUGAAAUUGAUAAUUAUGUAGUGAAGCAUGAUAUUAAUUAUUGCCUUGGAACAAUGUUAUGGUUAAAUUGCUUAACUCAGGUUCCAAAUCUGCUGUCACUCUUAUGCUUGUAUGCUAUUUGCAGCAACAAUUAUAAUUAUAUAAUUCAAAUAUUUAUUUCCAUUAAAGACAGUUGUAGAAAUAACUGAUAACUUAACGAAACAGUUAAAUACUACAAUGUAAGUAAUAUAUAAUUGUAAUUAUAGAUAUAGAUAGUCAUUAGAGCAUUAACAGAGUUUGAAAAAAAGAAGUUGUUUUAUAUAUUGAUGAGACAUUAAAUAAUAAAUGUUAUACUUCUACAAACAAAUUUAUUACAUUAGUUAUUAUUUGCAAACAAAUGUUUUUAUAUUAUUUCAUGUGUACACAACAAAUAGGCAGUGACACAAGUUUAUACUUUUUUAUAUGCAUAUGUAUGUAUAACCUAAUGCAAAAACAUAAUAUUAUAAUAUUUGGGGGACAACGUAUUUAAAAAAUAUAAGCAAAGCUUUAAGUUAUUCUAAGAAGAUAACAUACAUAUAGUUGUUACUAUUUAAGUAAGCUAAGUUGUCACUAAUCAUUGAUAAUAAAUAAGAAAAAUUAUUCAUUGAUCAAAGUCUCAAACUUACUGUUUUAAUACUUGAAAAAAAAAAAAAAAACGUGAAAAAUAAAAAAAAAUGUUGCCAAAAUUGCCAAGUAUCAUGGAGUUAAUGAGAAAUGACAAAUCAAGUACGCACUAGUGUAAAGAUUUUAAUAUAUGUCAGGAUUCAUAAUAAAUACCACAUGUAUAAACUGUAGGUAUUACAUGUUUAUUCAUGAAUUUGCUUAAAUUAAAAUAAAAAAUACAACAGUGUGGCACUUAAUUUGAAUUUGAAUUUAUUUUUUCAGAACAUUUUUUGUAUACACACAUUAAUUCCUCACUACAGAUACAUUAAUUAAUUGAAGUUCUUGUAUGGUAAGCUGACCGAAUAUUAUUUUUAUGUAAAGAUUGGUUUUAAGUUUUCUCAAGCGUUUACAAUUUCUAAUUUGUCAUUAACUAUUACUAUCCUCUUAACUUGGAUUAUUAUUAAACUAAAACAUACAAGAACCCAUCAAUGAAAUAGCUUAAAACCAAACCAAUGGAUGAUGUAAUUUUUUCUUACAAAACUUCAAGCAGUAAUUAAUUCAAAAUUUACAUUGUUGACGUUGUAUGCAUUAUAAGCACUUAUUAUAUUUAGCAUACAAAAGUGUACUUGGCAAUAAAGAAAGCGUAAAAGCAAUA